AUGAACAAACCGAAAGUCAACCCUUAUCAACAACAUCACAUAAUACUUCAGCAUAGAUCACUGGGAGUAGCUAUAAGGCUGAAGGUUGUCAGUUGCCCUGCCACAGAGUCGGAGAUAGGCUUGUAUGGCAGUAGGAGACUACAGCGACACAGCUGGACAGACACCAACCUCAACCCCAUCCAGACACCAACCUCAACCCAACCCAGACACCCACCUCAACCCAACCCAGACACCCACCUCAACCCCAUCCAGACACCAACCUCAACCCCACCCAGACACCCACCUCAACCCCACCCAGACACCAACCUCAACCCCACCCAGACACCCACCUCAACCCCACCCAGGCAUCCACCUCAACCCCACCCAGACACCAACCUCAACCUCAUCCAGACACCCACCUCAACCCCACCCAGGCAUCCACCUCAACCCCACCCAGGCAUCCACCUCAACCCCACCCAGACACCCACCUCAACCCCACCCAGACACCAACCUCAACCUCAUCCAGACACCCACCUCAACCCCACCCAGGCAUCCACCUCAACCUCAUCCAGACACCCACCUCAACCCCACCCAGACACCAACCUCAACCCCACCCAGACACCCACCUCAACCCAAACCAGACACCCACCUCAACCCCAUCCUGACACCCACCUCAACCCCAUCCAGACACCCACAUCAACCUCAACCCCACCCAGACACCCACCUCAACCCCACCCAGACACCAACCUCAACCCCAUUCUGACACCCACCUCAACCCCACCCAGACACCCACCUCAACCCCACCCAGACACCCACCUCAACCCCAUCCAGACACCCACCUGGAUGGGCAAGCUGCACCACACGUUAUGUACAUGUUCAACUGGAGGACACAAGGACUCCUAUAGUUGA